GGUGUGUGAGGGUGGAGUCUUCCUGCGAGUCCUUGACCCACUCAGGCGCUGACGGGAGUAUAUAAGGCGGCGGGAGUUACACCGGACAGCACUUGCAAUCUUGCCAAGAUGAAGCUGACGGUGGCGCUGCUGUUUGUGGGGUUGACUGUCUGUCUUGCACAGUUCAACGCUCAAAACUUCUUCAGGAAUCAGCAGUUCAACUUUGGAAGAUCAUCAUCCUCCAGAAACAGGGGCCGCAAUUCAUUCCGCUCCUUCAGUCAACCUCAGAGUCAACGCUCGAGUGGAGGAAAUGGCGCCGUGCAUCACUCAGAUAACGAGUACGAUUACCAUUUUUCCUGGCUGAAUAACGAGAGAAGCCUGUCUGGCGGUGACGCUGUGAAUGGCUACUGCAGAAGACAGGGAAAUGGUUGGACUGGCGUCUCUAUUGAAUCCAGCCGUAAGAAUAGUUUCAUUCAAGGGCUCAUCGGGGGCAACAUCCCCUACAUCUGGACUGGUGCCACAAAGAGAGGCAAUGGCUUUGUGUGGUCCAAUGGCAACCCGGUCGGGGCAUCCUUUUCCAACUGGUCACCUACUGGCGGGUCAGGAAUACCACAGCCAGACAACCGCGAUCCCCCAGAGAACUGUCUGGCCGUAUUGGGAAGCCACGUGUACCGUGACGGCAUCUUUUGGCACGACGUGAAGUGCACCCAUAAAAAGCCCACCGUAUGUGAGAGGAGGAAGAACUAAGCCAUCUUGGUUCACAAUGACCUUCUAUUCGGCUUGCCAGACCACCGUCGUCACCUACCAUGGACAGUUUCCCCCAUCUAUGUCUCUUUCUACCUUUAGUUCAGCCAGUUUGGAUCUGAGACUUGCUUUUCAAUCUUGCGUCUUCUCUUCUCUAACAAAUAUUCUGCCUUCCUUUGUCUUCUCGUUAUUUUCCAUGAAUUUCCUCUUUUUUUUUUCUACCAAUUCAAAGAUUUAUUAAGCCAUAUAAUAAUUUCUGACUAUUUAUUGAGUGAUUGGUUAUCUCUAACUUAUAAUAUGUGGCCCAAUCAGAGGAAAUAAAAUAUGUGAGUAAAGUUU